AUGGAACUAGGACUCGCGGGCCGCAGGGCGCUGGUCACCGGGGCAGGCAAAGGCAUUGGGCGCAGCACUGUGCAGGCGCUGCAUGCAGCGGGCGCGCGCGUUGUGGCCGUGAGCCGCACUCGGGAGGACCUGGACAGCUUGGUCCUCGAGUGCCCCGGCGUCGAGCCCGUGUGCGUGGACCUCAGCGACUGGGAGUCCACUGAGCAGGCGCUGGGGGACGUGGGCCCCGUGGACUUGCUGGUGAAUAACGCCGCUGUAGCCCUGCUGCAACCCUUCCUGGAGAUCACCAAGGAGGCGUGUGAUGUGUCCUUUGAUGUGAACCUCCGUGCUGUCAUCCAGGUGUCCCAGAUCGUGGCCCGGAGCCUGAUCGCCCGGGGAGUCCCAGGGGCCAUUGUCAACAUCUCCAGUCAGGCCUCCCAGCGAGCACUAACCAACCACAGCGUCUACUGCUCUACCAAGGGUGCCAUGGACAUGCUGACCAAGGUGAUGGCCCUGGAGCUUGGGCCACACAAGAUCCGGGUCAAUGCUGUGAACCCUACAGUGGUGAUGACGCCCAUGGGCCAGGCCAACUGGAAAGACCCCCAGAAGGCCAAGGCCAUGCUGGACCGCAUCCCACUGGGCCAGUUUGCUGAGGUGGAACAUGUGGUGGACAGCAUUCUCUUUCUCCUGAGUGACCGCAGCAGCAUGACCACAGGCUCCACCCUGCCAGUGGAUGGGGGCUUCCUGACCGCCUGA